UGUAUGGUUGUGAUUUACACGAGCAAAUUAACGCCGAUCCAUUACAACAAACAGAAGCCCACCGGAAAAUAACACACAACGCAAGCCCUUUCCUAAUUCGAUCACCGGCGAUUCUGAGUUCCGACAGCCGAAGAAGUUCGCCGGAAAACAUGGCGAAAGAUAUCGAAGAAGGAGAGACGUCACAACCGAUAAUUACUGCCACCUCCAGUUCAUCAAACACGAGCGGCACCAACCCCAAAAUUAAGGCCAAACCCGACCCGGUACUCGCUACAUGUCGGUGUUUCAGCUUCGUAACCGUCAUGGCUUCUGUUCUCUGCAUUAUCGUUAAUGUCCUGUCUGCCAUCAGAUCUUUCAAAAACGUUUCAGAUAUAUUUGAUGGUAUCUUUCGAUGUUAUGCCGUGAUCAUUGCUGUUAUUGUGAUUGUCGGUGAGACAGAGUGGACAUUCAUCAUCAAAUUCUGGAAGGUACUGGAAUAUUGGGCUGGGAGGGGCAUGCUGCAAAUCUUUGUUGCUGUUAUGACAAGAGCUUAUCCUGAUAUAUAUGGAGAGAGACAUGAGAUGCUCCUUCUUCGGGACAUUGCAAGUUACAUGCUCCUUGCUUGUGGAUUCAUCUAUGUUCUUUCAGGUGUCCUCUGCCUUGGUUUUCUCAAACGUGCUCGCCAAAAUAAAGAAGUAUCAUCACAGCAAGCCAUUAAAGAUCUGCAGGAUCUUGAGCGUCGUCGAGCAGAACUUGAGGCACUGCUCAUUGUUGACACCCCAUGAUGAUGAUGCAAAUGUCAAAUUCUAUACUGAAAAUCUUUCUCUAGCUAUAGAUUUGUUGUUUCUUUUAUGUGAUAAAAUGGUAGGGAGAUGCCGAUUCUUUAGUUUUGUGUGCAUGAAAAAAUGGAUUUUGAUUUCUUGAUUUUCAAGUUUGGAUGUAAUUAGCAUUGUUGAUGCUAGAAUGUUGCUAUUAAUUCCAUGUGAUUGCUUUUUGAUUUUGCAA